GAGUUCAAACUUCCGCUUCCGGUCUGUUUGAAUUAUUACCGGAUGUGUUGGUGAAAUGCGUGAACUGCUAUAUAAUGCAAUCUGAUGUUUUAACUGUGAUUCCAUCCCGUAUUGUGCUAUAUCGUAACAGUGCAAUUUUAACACCUUAGCGUGUCCGAUAACUUUUCACUUUGUUCCUGCUUUAAACAUCUCCAGGCUCACCUUCGGACAAUUAGCUAGCUAAUGCUAAAGCGACGCUUCGGUCAAUAAGCUGUUAACCUGAGUAUGGCACUGUGAUAAGCGCGUUCUAAGCAUCUCGUUAGAAACCUGUCACAGGUGAACCGUGGGGUAGGAUUGCACGGCUGUUCUGGAAAGUGUUACUGAAGUGGUAAGGGUUAAAACUACGUUGUUCAACUGAACAGCCAGUCAGCGGAACGACCCGGCUGUGUGCAUACAGUUGCCCGAGUAGUUAUCCAGCUCCAGCGUUCACUUCACGCUUCUCCUUCUAGUCGUACAUGUUCUCAGCAGGAGCAGAGGAAAAGGAUGCAACCGAACUCUGUUAUGGCUCGGUUUAACUUCCUUAACGUCAUAUUAUCAAACCUUUAAUGGCUGCUAACAUUAUUAAAGCGAAUAUUAGGUAUCCGUCGAGAGAACUGGACGUUUAUAAAUGGUUUUAUUUUUAAAGCCUUUUGUGGGCUAGACCAACUUCGGAGAGUACUGUUCAGUGAUGGAGAGAGCAGGGGAGGAGGAGAAGCCGCUGUUCAGCAGCACAGAGACCAGACACUUUACUGACACCAGUGUUGGACAAGCCGGAAGUGGAAUUGAGUCCGUGAAAAGCCUAGAUGAGCCUCCCGUGGACUGGUUUGAGCCUCUGGAGGAGGACUGGGAGGAGGACGACGACGACGACUAUGAUGUACAGAGCUGGGAUAUAGAUGGGGUCAGGGACGCUGAGAUGGACAGUCUGGCUGGAGAGAGUGAGAGGAGCGGCAGUGUAGCUGGGAGUGAGAGAAACUACCGAGGAGGUGCUGUGGGGAAAAGGAAAAGGAAGUGGCGGUUCGGCUCCGAUGAUGGCUGGGAGGAUUGUCCUGUUCUGGGAGAGGGCUGGAAACGCAAAGUGGUUCUGCGUCGUUCUGGUAUGAGUGUGGGGCAGAGAGAUAUCUACUACUUAAGCCCUAAAGGUGAUAGAGUAAGAAGUAAGAUUGAACUACUCAAAUCCAUUGGGAAUAGUGUGGACCUUACCAACUUUGACUUCAAAACAGGGCUAUUUCUUGAUGGUGAACCUACAAAAAGAGGGAUAAAGAAGAGGAAGAUGGACCACUCUUCCCCAGCUGACUGUGGUUUCUCCUCAGAGUCCAGUUUUCACAAUGAGGCAACUGAGGCUUAUGACAGGGCCUACAGUCCAGGCCCUCCAUAUAGCCUCAGUCACUUUGCUCAGCAGAGGCUAACUCCUUCCUCAAGUCAAAAGGAUGUUCCUAGUGUUCCCAGUCCUGGCACAUCUAAUGAGAACCGCAAUCAGACUCUCGUAACCCAACCAGCAGGCCACACAAGGCAGAAUGUCCCUUCUAAUGCAGGCUACCUUUCACAGACUUUAAAAAUGCCCACUAACCUGGAGGAUGGACCUAACUAUAUUCCAUCUAACUCCUGUCUUAGCACCUGUGCAAGAUGUAGGAACUCAUUUACAAGUGUAGAGGGACUGACUAUGUGUGAAAAAUGCAACAAAGCAUGCAAUGCCUCUAAAGAUAACCGCAACAUUACAUUUAGAAAAUGGCUUCCCUGUGGGUUUUGUCGAGCAUGUCAGCUCACUGAGGACUGUGGGGUUUGUGCCAGCUGCAGGAAUGGAAAACUGAACCCUCACUACCGAAGACCUAUUAGGUGCCGUAAGCGGAAGUGCUUGUGUCCAUCCCUCAAGAGGCGAGCGGAUGAUGUACUUCCUCUGGCACAGUGUGAAUCAGUAGGCCAUAGACAAGAAAGAUUAGAAACUAUUAACACGAUUUCCAAGUACAAUUCGACUCUGGAUAUAGCUCAUCGGCCAUCACUGCCAGACUUUAAGGAAUCACAGUACAGUGACUCUGAUGAUCAGUCACCAUUUUAUGAAGAAAACGACAGUGAGGGAUUCUUAAGGAAGUUUCGGCGUUCCUGUGGACGAUGUAAAGGGUGUGUUGCCAAAGCAGACUGUGGAACCUGUGAUUAUUGCAUAGACAAACCCAAAUUUGGUGGCAGCAAUAAAAAAAGGCAGAAGUGUCGUCAGCGUCAAUGUCAGAGAGAAGCAAAGGGCUGGACUACACCUGGCAGACCAAGACCGCAUUAUGCUUACAGCCAUAAAGUCCUGCGAGGGAACAGAGAAAAGUGGGAUUUUGAGUUCUCUGACAAUGAAUGCGAGAAGGAAAGAAUAGCAAAAGGUUCUGUUGUUGGUGUGCGCUAUGUGGAGAGAGAGAAGCAUUGCAUCUCAGAAUACAAUGGACAGGAUGCAGAAAUUGAGGCAAGCCAGGUACUUUCUGAUGAUCAUCUUUUGCAUCUGUUCUGUGAUGAGUGGACUAUAGUAAAGGACAGGAAGUGGCGGCAGCCCCCAGCAACUGAACAUGCAGAGGAGCCAGAUGAGGAUGAAAUGGAGCCAACGUUAUAGCGGUGCUCUUCACUGCAUAGCUGCGGUGCCUGCUUGCUUCACAGGAAUUAGCUCGCGUGGACAAGAAGUGACCGUCUGCUGGACACGUAAAGUGACCAACCACAGUUUGUUACAUGAUAUAUGGGGCAAGUAAAUGAUAAUACCAUAAUAAAUUAACACAAGUUUAGUCUCUGAUAGAGAAUAUUACUGGCGCUUUGUUGUUAAUGGGCAACAUAACACAAUGUUUGUUUGUUUUUUUUUACUUAUUGAAUUAUUUUAUUAUAUUUAUAAGUUUAUUGAUGAAUGCUGCAGGAUUUAUUGUAUGCUCUGAAUACAACAGUCUGAUUGUAUUUCUCAGCAUCUCGUCUAAGGAGCUGCAAGAGAAAAAGUUCCUAUCUUAUUAUUUAUUUAUUAUUAUUUCCAUGAUUCAUUAAUUAAUCAGUGGUUAAAAACAUGAUGAUGAUGAUGAUGAUGAUUUAUCGUUGCAUGUAUUAUUAUUGCCCUAUCGGAAGUAAAGUUUAUUCAUCCUUAUUAUCUAUAAUGGAGCGGGAGAUGAUGACUCAUAUCGAAGUUCAUGUGCCUUAAGGAAUCAAAUAAUAAAUCUUACACCUUUAUAUAUGUAAUAUUUGCAAAUCAAAGAUUAAAAUACUUUGUCCAGUACUUCGAUUAUAAUACAGCAUCCCAGAGUUCAGGCACAAAUCUAUGUGCACAUUAUAAAUUCAUAAUUGUUCUGAAUUAUUUUUAAAUUGUUUAAUUUCUUUAUGCAGAAUUAUACACAGUUAUUCAUAAGCUGAUUCACAAUCAUGACACAGUUAAAAAUGUUGCCCUUUUAAGUAGCUUCAAUGUAGUUACUUACUUUUUGCUUGACUGUAGCUUAACUACUUCAAACUAUGAGUAGCUUGUAGCUUGAAAAGCUACAGUUUCAAGGUACCUUCUCCAACACCGCCUAAAUCACAGCACAGCUGUUGUCUUUAACUUGUGUAUGAUGAUUUUGUCAGAUAAUAUUGUGGCUAUAAAAUAAGGAUUUUAGUAGUGCAGAGCAGCAGCUUGGAAGUAACUGCUGGUUAACAUGUAGUCUUAAUGUGACGUGUUUCAGUCACUAUUUCAUUCUCGUUCUGCUGUCUGACAACAGAAACAGAAAAUAUGUAAAUGAGAACAGCUUUUUGGGAAUUCGACUGUUUUAAAAUACCGUAUGCGAGCACAAAGAGUAGGAAAGAAGCAAACAGAUGUAAAUGGCUGACACUGGGCAGACUGCAAAUACGAUAUGAUGAUGUAAUGAUAUGCUAAUUAGCGCCUGCCAUAAUCUAGCGACAUUUAGUGACUUUCCAUUGAAAAUUGUUGGUAUAUUGACAUUAUGGUGAAGACGAAGCAAUGCAUGGGAAAUGCAAAUUUAGUUCAGCAUGGCUGGAAAAGGUGCUAUAUAAAAAUUGCUUUAUUAUUAUUAUUAUUAUUAUUAUUAUUAUUUUUGUUUUGGAAUUUUAAAAAGAAGAAAUAAACAGUGUUUGAAUGACCUCUAUUGUAUAGUCCUUAAAAACAAAAGACAGUGCAUGAAAGUCCUGGAAUUUUAUUAUGAAGCAUCUGUAUGAACCCUGUAGAAAAUAUUCCGUAUAGAAAAUAUUAAAUUUGAAGUCACAGACAAAAAGGCUCAAAAUUUGUGAGCUAAUACAAAGAUACAUACAAAACUAUUUAUUUGUACAUGAAUUAAUUCUUGCAACUAUUUGUGCACUUUUUUGUGUAGAUGUGUGCAUUGCUUCACUGAAGAAUCAGAACUGUGGGCCGGGGAUGAGACAUAACCCGUGACCAAUCAAAAGAGGUUAUGUUGUGAGGUCAUGUUCGAGGUUGUAGCAUCAAAAAUGAAUUCAUGUACAAAUAAAUAUUUUUGUAUGCAGUUUAGUGUUAGUUUGCUAAUUCGAGCUUUUUUGUCUGUGACUUGAAAUUUAAAAUACAGUUUUGUGAAAAAAUACAACUAAACCUCCCCCAUAUGUACAUGUGCGUCCUCAUGUUUUUACAUGAAGGCAAGUGUUCCAUCAGACACAGCAGUGUUAAUGGUGUUAAUAACAAAAUGUAGCAACCACACAUUUUAUAGCCUUUUGGGGUUUUUUCUGUGUGUAAUUUGACACUGCUUCUGAUUAGUUUGAAUGAGCUGAAACACUGCACUCAGUGAACAUUGAACACAAUUAUGCAGAAAACAUUUACAACACCUAUUUGCAGUAAACAAUGCAAAAUAAAAAAUAAGGUUUUCAUUUGACUCAUCCUUGUAUUUACCUAUCAAGUAAUGAACUUUUUUUUUUUACAGAUCACACAAAUUUUUAGCCUGGGGGGCGACAGUGUUGAUGAUGAUGG